AUGAUAACAAAUUUAUUCUCUGUAUUUGAUCCUUCAACAACUAUUUUUAAUUUAUCCUUAAAUUGACUAAGUACUUUUUUAGGUCUAUUAAUUAUUCCAACAUCAUACUGACUAAUACCAAAUCGAUUCCAAGUUAUUUGAAAUAAUAUUUUAAUUACACUACAUAAAGAAUUUAAAACAUUAUUAGGUCCUAAUGGACAUAACGGAAGUACUUUAAUAUUUAUUUCAUUAUUUUCUUUAAUUAUGUUUAAUAAUUUUUUAGGGUUAUUCCCUUAUAUUUUUACUAGAACUAGUCAUUUAACUUUAACUUUAAGUUUAGCUUUCCCAUUAUGAUUAAGUUUUAUAUUAUAUGGAUGAAUUUCUCAUACACAACAUAUAUUUGCUCAUUUAGUCCCUCAAGGAACUCCUCCUGUUUUAAUACCUUUUAUAGUAUGUAUUGAAACUAUUAGUAACGUAAUUCGACCAGGAACAUUAGCUGUUCGAUUAACUGCUAAUAUAAUUGCUGGACAUUUAUUAAUAACAUUAUUAGGUAAUACUGGACCAAUAUCAACAUCUUAUAUCAUCCUUUCAUUAAUUUUAGUAACUCAAAUUGCUCUUUUAGUAUUAGAAUCUGCUGUUGCGAGGCUUGAGUCUUAUGUUUUUGCAGUAUUAAGAACUCUUUAUUCUAGUGAAGUAAAUUAA